AUGGCCACAGACCGAUCUUUCCUCUCCUUCCUCCGACCUGCCGAUGAAAACGCUCUAUCAUCGUUAAUAACCUCAACCUCCCUUCCAAAGAGUACUUAUGAUUAUGGCAUGAUCAUUUGUGGAAUACCUUUCUCUGGACGAUCCACUUUAUUACGUCUCAUUCGAAAGUUGGAUGUUACUAAAUUAUUGAGCGAUCAUACGGUGGAUUCAUCAAGUUCGGGAUUUUUAUCAUUGGCAACAUCUUUGGUUUCUUCUGCAUUCGUGCCUAGUACGAACUCUACAGAUUCAUUUACAUACAAAAAAGCAGUUCAAUUUGCCAUUCUCGCUUCAUGUUUGAAUGCCAUGCAACUCAUCUUGCAAGAAAUAAAAACAAUACCACAAGAGGAUGAUCCCUUUUCUGCAUACAAUAGUGAAGACAAGAAAUCUGUGUCUAAAUGGACUGAAUACGAUGAAUUGAUUAAUACCUACGAAGAACAAGUGAAUUGUGUGAAUGGUAUUCACACAACCAUCAAUGCACCCAUAACUACAUGGGACAGAAUAUUGGAUCAAGCUCCACAAAUUGUCAACGCCAUUGAAGAUUUAUGGAGAGUGCCUGUUGUGAAAUUAGCCUAUCAGAAAUUAAUGCAAUCUUCCUUUUCACUCCCUAUACAUCGAACAAUCACACCACACACAUCUUCAAAGAAUCAAAUGUAA